AUGGAGCUGCAGGAGCCCGGUGCCAAGCAGCUGCCGAUGUACCCGGCUUUCAUCACCUCCGUGGUGAUGCCAGAAGCACCAGCGGCAGUUCAGGGGGACCUCGGCCUGGUGCCCGCUCUGGCCCGCUCCGAUGUGGAGGAGCUGAACCUAGAUCGGUGCCGGGACGUCCCUGCCGCCGUGUGGCAGCAGCUCGGCCAGGCUCAGGGUGAGGCGUUCCAGAAGCUCAGGUGCUUCGACAAAUUUUCCAAGGGCGGCGAGGGCGCCGCCGCGCUGCUGUUGGCCUUGAAGCAGAGCACCGGAGACCCGGCUCUCGGCCAGGAGCUGGGCAUGGAGGGGUGCUACAAAGUCCCGGCCGCGGCCUGGCAGCUCCUGGCAACCGCCCGCUGGGAGCAGCUCCGGAAGGCGGAUUUCUCUGAGUGCUUCGAUGAAGACUGCAAGGAGCCCGAGGGCGCCGCCGGGCUGCUCUCGGCCUUGGCACGCUGCCGGCAGCUGCAGGACGCGUCAGCGCGCGAGUUCGAUUCUGUUUGCAGUUCCGAAUCUUCUGAGGGAGCGGAGGCCGUGCAGAGGCAAGCGAACUUGAUGUUGGCGGGUGAAGCUUGA